AAAGUAAAACUAGUAUCUUCUGCUAAGGAGAACUGAGUGGCUAACAGGUACCUGCCUGGGGCUCAGGGUGGGGGCUGAGUGUGCGUGUGUGAAUGGGGCUCCCCCCUGCAAUGUAACGGAUGUCCUUGCACAAGCACAGUAAUGCCCUAUGCCCUCCCAGCUCAAGGAUUCAGUGCAAGGAUGGAGAAAGGAGAAAGCUGGCAGUGUCGGGGAUGGCCACGAUGACAUGAACUAAAGGCAAAGCAAAGCAGUCCGCUUUCUCUAAGAUGACACGAACCGACCCACCUGAUAUACUAGUGUCUACAGUGUAUCAAGAUAUUAAGGUAACCCUGAAAGCUGAUUCUCCUAUCCACAAAGCCGCCACAAAAUGUGACAGCUUUAUGUCCAACCACAAGGAGACUCACCAGCAACAGUUCAACAAGAGGCACUGCCGCAGCUUUGACUUUCUCGAGGCCUUGGAUGAACACUUGACCAACAUGUCAAGCAUGGAACGUUCUCAGCGAAGAAGCCAGAAAAGGGCAGACACCCCUGAACCAUCUUCUCAGCCGGUGGGCAGGAAGGCCUCCAUGAAGUCAGACACAAGAUGUAUAUCUCAAGGGGGAGACACCUCGAAGGAAGCAGCGAAAGAACCAAGGAGAAGGCCACGAUCCAAAAGUGCGCCAAGGGUCAAAACUGCUUUCACCUCAGUCCCUAUACAAAUGUCAUCUUCUCAAUCACCUCCUCCGACUACCAGAAGGGGCAGAGAGGUUAACCGGAAUUCCAGGGAACCACAGAAAUCUGUAGCCUCCCCCAAAAGGGAAGUCAGCUAUGCUCCUGCCAAGGCACUCAUGAAUGAAGUCCACCCAAUAAAAUUGCAGCCGCAGCGCAACAUUGCAAGCCGGAUUUCUCCCCUUUGUAUCAACAGCAACUGCAUGGAGGAAAGUCAGGGGGCAAAGCCAAUCUCUAGCCCUCAUGUCCGGUGCAGAAUAGAUAUCAAGCCAGAUGAUGCCGUAUUGCAGCAUGCCGCACACAGCUCCAAGCCCAGUCAGAAUUGGGGGGAGGCACCAAAUUGCAAUAGGCAACCAAGCACACCCAGGAACUUAGCAGUUCCCGCUGCAAGGCUUAUAUCUGUGUCUCGGACCCCUACACCGAGUGAAUCCUAUAGUGGGGACCACAGGAUUACACACUUUCCCUGUAAUUUAGGGGGCGAGAUGUACACCACAGACUUUAGAGGUGUCCCAAACCAAAGUGUUGCUUCCCCAAGGGACUUCACACAUUACUCCAGCAGAGACUGUGUGCAAUAUGGUAGUAGCCCCACUCCAGCCUCCUACUUCUAUACAGAGGAUGACGGCAGUUAUACCCAAAAUAUUUCCAUCAAAAACAGAGGCUGUCUUACUUACCCUGCAGUCGCUACUCACAACUACUACCCUGAGGAGCCUCCUUCUGGCCCUCGAACUUAUUAUAUUGAGGAGCCCAGACCGUAUCCUAUUCAGGAAGCACCAGUAAGGACGUUCUAUGGCGAGGAUGCCUGUUAUUAUCCUCCUCGUGCAGUUUCAGCUAAAACACUGUACGUAGAGGACCCCAGGUUGUAUCCGCUUCAGACUUCAGCUGCCAAACACUACUUUGCUGAGGAUAUUGCAAAGUAUUCAGAAAGGGAGGCCCUCACCAGGACAUAUCCCUACCCAAGGACCUCCCAACCCCUCCAAUUAACCAAUUGGUAUUUUCCAGAUCAGGGCCCAGUCCCAUACCCAACCAUACCAAUAUCACCUUUUCCCUCUCAGUCAUCUGGAAGGGAGGCAAUGCUAUCAUCAUGGCAUGCAUCAUACAGCAUGAACCAGCAGAGACUAGGAACAGACACCAGAAGCUAUUCCAGAUCUUGGGACAAUGUUUUAAACCCUGGCGGGCGCAAAGAUGCCCUGCUUGCGCGUGGCCAAAGUUAUGAGAACCUGCUGUGCCAUGAGCGACGUGCCUUAUCUCCCGAUGACAGACGCCAACCUGUGGUUGUUAAUCUUUCUUGCUCCCCUAAACGCUAUGCUGCCCUAUCCCUUUCAGAGAAUUCUAUAGUGGAGAAGGUUCAUACAGAAGGUGGACGGUACACAAUGGGGCGCUCAUGGUUUGUCACCCCUGAGAUCACUAUUACAGAUAAUGACUUAAGGGCAAAUGGGGUUGGAAGGGCUGAGAUGAGGUCUGCCAGCUGGGAUGUGAUAGACUCAAGUGUCACACCACCAGCUUACCAAGGUCACCCUUCCUAUCCUACCAAAGAGAAGAUGCCAAGCAGAUCCGCCCGGCACCGCAGCCUGGAGCAACUGGAUGAGCUAAUUGCAGAUCUGGUCAUAGACUACAAGCCACCAUCAAGUCGCCGCCCAAGUGAAUCAGAUGCCCUUGCAGACCAAUUGAGAAAGUUAAUUAAGGAAGAUAUGAUAGGGCUCCCAAGGAAAACAGAACACUAUGGGCAAACGGCACAACUUCUACAGAGUAGGCCCCUAAAGGAACAGCCAACACCAACAUUUCCAAAAUCCCAUCAAGGCCAUAGGAGAGAGACAUUCCCAGAGGUGCCAGUGAGUGGCCCCCACAAGCCGCUUGAAGACUGCUCACCGGAUCUUAGCGCAGAUGAGGAUGACCUCUUAACUUGCUCAAAUGCCAAGUGCAGGCGCACAGAGACUAUGUUCAAUGCCUGCCUUUACUUCAAGUCCUGCCAUAGCUGCUACACUUACUAUUGUUCCCGCAACUGUCGCCGUGAGGACUGGGACAUCCACAAAGAGAGCUGUAUCUAUGGUUGCAUGGGCAGCGUCUGUCGCCAUGUGCUAACGUUUUGCAGAGAGAAUACAGGGGUGCACAAAGCCUUCUCUCGUAUUGCCAAGGUUGGGUACCUCUCCCGGGGUAGAGGCGUGCUCUUUCUAGGUUUUCCUAACCCCAGUUCUGCAGAUAACUUUCUCCAACUGGGCCUGGAAGGUUUGCUGAUGUCCCCCACCUACUUGUCUCUGAGGGAGUUAGAGAGCUAUUCGGACAACCUGGGAGAGCAUGCCAAGGAACUGCAGGUAGUUGGCAACCAAUUUGACCCUGAGGAAUGUUUUUUGUUGAAUGUAACUGUGGCAGUGGGACAAGGGGGCUCUGACCGCCUCUCUGCCAGAGCCCACCAUAUUCCCACUGUCCGUAAGUAUGCCAAAAUAGCCUUAGCCUCAUCUAGCCCAGAGAGGAAGAUCACAAAAAAGGAAAAGGACAUGGAGACACUGAUCCUAACCCCUCCUCCUGGUACAGCCAAUUUGGAUAAUGAGGGAGAAGAAGGGAGGAAAGCCAGGGAGGUUUGCUUCAUUCAUAUCCAAAGGGAGCUUAGAAUAAGAGGUGUCUUCCUUCGCCAUGAAUAUCCCAAAAUCUACCAGCAGAUGUGUGAGUUUGUGGAGAACAACAAGAGGUUCACACCCACCACCAUUUAUCCCAUCGACAGGAGGACUGGGAAACAGUUUAUGUGCAUGAUCAUGGCAGCUUCAGAGCCAAGGACCCUAGACUGGGUGGCCAGCCCGAACCUCCUGGAUGAUAUUAUGUGAUUGCACAAUCAUUGGGGCUUUACAUUCUUUUUCUCUUAUGUUUUUCUCUUGUUUUGUAGCUUAUUUGUUUUUUUUGUGUACAGGAAGAAGUCAUAUUUGUUUAAUAUUCAUGCUCUGACCCUUCCAUUCACCAGGAUUGGACAUUACCUGCUUGCUAAUAUUCUCCUUUUCAUUGAUGCCCUAUCUUUCACUUUGCUGCUGAAUCAAGGGUAAUGUUUCAAGCAGGGGUGCCCACACUUUUAGCAAGGUAGGCCCUACUUAUAGAGAAGUCAUUUCAUCAGGUUCCACCGCCUCUAAUGGAAUCUUACUUAACUGUAUUGUACCAAAAGAAGACACAUACACUGGUCACCAUUGCCAGCUCAAAGUCUACAGCUAGAUCACACUCUAUCUUGGGCAUCCCUGUUUUAAAGGGAUCAUUUAAGAGAAAGAUUAUAGUUGCUUAGUUUGACUCCUUUGGGGCCACCAUUGACCCUAAAUCCUUCUUUAUAGUAGGAUACUUAACACAUGCAUUGGGCUGCUAUUUAAAAUAUAACUGACCAUUUCCGCUUUUUUUUUUUUAAUUCUAUCUGUUGGUGUUGUUGACGAGAUAGUGUAGGGAUAUGUCUCUUUGGCUCUGCAGAGUUAAAAGAACUAUAACUCCCAGCAUCCCUCUUUAAGAUGACGGAUGGAGUCUUUAUCAUCUGCAGAGUGGAAAGAUCCUCUCAUUCAUUUUAAAAAACACUACUAAUUCAAAACAGACAUGACUGCUAUAAUACUACUGGCAUGAAAGUAUAGUAAUACUACUCUCAAUGUAUUACAACAAGGAGAAGAGUCAGAUUAUAUUUUGUAUUAUAUUCUGGGAUUGAAAUUAGGCACAGUCAACCAAAUAUGUGUUGUAGCAUUAAAGGGGUUUUUGUUCACCA